AUGACCGACGAAAAUAAAAGGAUCCUGGACUCUAGGAAUGAGUGGCUGCCUAGCUUCGGCAAGCAUUGUGUCAUAGAUGUCUCGCAAGACAUCUACACUCUCACUCCAACAGCGAUGAAUUCCAUUGAAACCGAUCUGGAGGGUGCUUUAAGUAUCCUCAACAAUAAUCUAAAAUUAGCUAUUGAUGAAUUGGCGCCGUUGAAAACGGUUUGCCCGCGUAAAAAAAAUAUUUGGAAGGUAAUUCGUCAUCUCGGCCUCCUACCUGGGCGUAAGGAGGAGGAGUUUUUCGGUUUCACGCCGGGUGAGCUGAAUGAGAACUUCGCGGGAAUAUCGGCAUCACCCCUCGAAAACAUAGAUAAUGCAAUGGACACUAUUUUACUUUCGAGCGACGAAGGCUUCACCUUUAGUCCAGUCAAUAUGAGUGACGUCGUCCUUGCUAUUUCACACUUUUCCUCGCAAGCGAGGGGUGUCGACGGUGUUCCAUGCGGGGUGGUUGUCAAGGCCCUCCCAAUCAUUGGCGAGUUUAUUCUUAAUUUAUUUAACUGCUCCUUCGCUCAGGGAGUCUUUCCGUGUAUCUGGAAGCAGGCACAAUUAAUUGUUCUAAGGAAGACCAGUGCUCCUUCCAAUGUCACCGACUUUCGUCCAAUUGCUCUGCGCUGCUUCCUCUCAAAGGACGGUUUUCGUAAACACCACAGUACACAAACAGCGUUACUAAAAUUGACCGACGAUAUACGAAUGGCCGUUGACAAGAAGAAGGUGACGCUUAUGCUGCUGUUUGACUUUAGCAAGGCCUUUGACACCAUCUCACCUUCUAAAUUACUAUCUAAGCUGAAUAGGCUGGGGUUCUCACGAACGGUACCUCAGAAUGGCUUGAAACCAAUCUGGGAGUUCCACAGGGAUCUGUCCUGGGACCCCUACUAUUUAGUCUUUAUGUUAACGACCUACAGAAUUUAUCUACACACCAGCAAAGAUAAUUUUAAGGAAGGCGUGGCUCGGUGGGCUGAAGCGGCGCGGCUGGUUUCUGACUGGGCGGGGAGCUCCGGCCUGCGACUCAACUCCGGCAAAACUAAGUCUAUUUUUUUUGGUUCUACAAGAAAUGUUAGUGGUAUUAAGUCGUGGAAACUGCCGGGGGUUCCGUUGCCGGACGGAGUGAUCGUCCCUUUCAGUGAGGCAGUCGUAAGCCUUGGUGUUGUAUUAGACUGUAAACUAACUUGGAAACCGCAAUUGGAUGCGAUAACGAAAAAAGUUAACAAAGCCCUGUAUAGCUUGCGGUUUAUCAGAGGCUGCACCACUGAAACUCUCCGCAGAAGGCUAGUCGAGACACUCAUACCACCACGCUUGGACUACUGUACUGUGACUAUCCUGGACGCGUCUAACAAACAACUAAUACGGUUACAGAGACUGAGCAAUUCUUGUGUGAGAUUCAUCUUCGGGGUGAGAAGGGAUGAACAUAUUAGUCCCUACCGGAGGCGUCUAGAAUGGCUACGCACCGAUUCCAAAAGGAUCUACUUUGAGGCUAGUUUAUUAUACAAGGUGAUUCGAAUCGGUGAACCUGGGUACUUAGCCUCAUUUUUCGUUAAAUACAAGCCGAGACCCUCUGGCAGAGGAGUUCCUCCGGAACUAAGCAUACCUACUGUGAACACCGAGACCGGGGCCAGAGCCUUCCAGAUCCAGGAUGCUCGUUUCUGGAACUCUCUCCCUUGUACCCUGCGAAAUCUACGAUCCCUCCUUCAAGGGGGCACUGCGGCGAUAUCUGCUGGCCACCGAAUCAUGAUGACUCUGAACCCUCUGGUGCUGCGUUUUUAA